CCAUGCAACAGUAAGCUAGCAGCAGCAGCUAAUCGCCACAUUUGACCCUGUGUACCAUGAUGAACUAGACAUCCGGGCUGAGUGGAUGGAAGAUGGCGACACCUAUCCUCCCUGGUGAAUGGAUCAAGAACUGGGAAAAAUCAGGAAAACAAGAAUUUGUACAACUCUGCAAAGAACUCACAGAGAAGACAGACCAUGGAAGCGAGCUUAGAGACAUGCAGGCAGCUUUGUAUGAGCUCUGCUGGCAAGUUGUACAGGGGAACCUGAAGUUGGACCUUGUCGUCACUGUCCUUGGGGACAUGAUGGAACUCCGAGAUGAUAUGUCAUCAAUUUUAGCUGACGUGUUCUGUAUUCUAGAUAUAGAGACUGGUGCCCUGGAAGAUAAAAACAAACGAGACCAUUACACACAGCUGGUUGGAGCAUGUUUGAUUUUUGUUCCAGAAGCCACCCUGAAAGAGAGACUGGAUCCAGAAACACUUGAAUCUCUUGGACUAAUAAAACAGGCUCAUCAAUUCAAUCAGAAAAUUGUAAAAAUCAAAACAAAACUUUUCUACAAGCAACAGAAGUUUAACUUGCUACGAGAGGAAAAUGAGGGCUACGCCAAAUUAAUCACUGAGCUUGGCCAAGACCUGUCAGGCAAUGUCACCAGCCACCUUGUCCUGGAGAGCAUCAAAUCCCUCAUAGGAUGUUUCAACUUAGACCCUAAUCGUGUUCUGGACAUAAUUCUGGAGGUGUACGAGAGCCGAUCUGACCAAGAUGAGUUUUUCCUGUCUCUAAUCAAGUCCUACAUGUGUGAACCACUCACCCUUUGCCACAUCCUGGGCUUUAAAUUUAAAUUCUACCAGGAGCCAAAUGAGGAAACCCCUAAAUCUCUCUAUCACAUUGCUGCUGCUCUGCUUCAUCACAACCUGAUAGAGCUUGAAGAUCUCUAUGUACAUCUUAUGCCACUAGAUGCCACCAUAAUAGAAGAACACAAACGAGACAUCUCAGAAGCCAAGCAGAUCGCCCGCAAGCUGGUAAUGGUUGUGUUGCCCUCAGAAAAAAACGAUGACAAAGAAAAGGAGAAGGAGAAGGAGGAAGAGAAAAAUGAGAAGCCACCUGAUAACCAAAAGCUUGGUCUGUUAGAAGCACUGCUUAAAAUUGGAGACUGGCACCAUGCCCAGAGUAUUAUGGACCAGAUGCCUUUCUUCUAUGCUACUUCUCACAAGGCCAUUGCACUGGCGCUGUGCCAGCUUGUGCACCUGAUGGUGGAGCCUCUUUACAGAAGAGCUGGCGUGCCUAAAGGGGCCAGAGGUUGCGUAAUGCAUCCACUGAAGAACAAGCGAGCCCCUCAGCCUGCAGAAAACUUUGAAGACCUACGCAGGGACACGUUCAGCAUGCUCUGCUACCUAGGCCCUCACCUUUCCCAUGACCCCAUCCUCUUCGCUAAGAUUGUGCGCCUGGGCAAAGCCUUCAUGAAAGAGUACCAAAGUGAUGGGAGACCUGAUGUCAAGGACAAAAUGGACACAUUGUUGAGCUGUUUCCUGAGCAUUGCAGACCAAGUGCUUCUGCCUUCCCUUUCUCUGAUGGAGUGUAACGCCUGCAUGUCUGAGGAGCUGUGGGGCCUCUUCAAACUCUUUCCCUACCAACACAGGUACAGGUUAUAUGGACAAUGGAAGAAUGAAACCUAUUCCAGUCAUCCACUACUGGUUAAAGUCAAAGCUCAGACUGUGGAAAGAGCCAAAUACAUUAUGAAGCGGUUGACCAAAGACAAUGUGAAACAGUCUGGAAGGCAAAUUGGCAAGUUGAGCCAUAGCAAUCCCACCAUUCUCUUUGAUUAUAUGCUGUCUCAGAUCCAGUGGUACGACAAUCUCAUCGUUCCAGUGGUGGAUUCCUUGAAGUACCUCACAUCCCUUAAUUAUGAUGUCUUGGCCUAUUGCAUCAUUGAGGCUCUGGCUAAUCCAGAAAAGGAGAAGAUGAAGCAUGAUGACACCACAAUCUCUUCAUGGCUUCAGAGUCUGGCAAGUCUGUGUGGGUCUGUGUUCAGAAAAUACCCAAUUGAGUUGGCUGGCCUUCUUCAGUAUGUUACAAAUCAGCUCAAAGCAGGGAAGAGCUUUGACCUGUUGAUUCUAAAAGAGGUGGUACAGAAGAUGGCUGGCAUUGAAAUCACUGAUGAGAUGACAUCAGAGCAGUUGGAGGCCAUGACAGGAGGGGAGCAACUCAAAGCUGAGGGCGGGUAUUUUGGCCAAAUAAGGAACACAAAGAAGUCAUCGCAGCGCCUGAAAGAUGCACUGCUGGACCACGAACUGGCUCUGCCACUGUGUCUGCUAAUGGCUCAGCAGCGAAAUGGUGUGGUGUUCUUAGAAGGUGGAGAAAAACAUCUUAAGCUUGUUGGCCACCUCUAUGAUCAGUGCCAUGACACAUUGGUGCAGUUUGGUGGCUUUCUGGCCUCAAACCUCAGCACCGAGGACUACAUCAAACGGGUUCCUUCCAUUGAUGUUCUUUGCAACCAGUUCCACACGCCACACGAUGCUGCAUUCUUCCUCUCUCGACCAAUGUACGCCCAUCAGAUAUUGUCUAAGUAUGAUGAGCUAAAGAAAGCAGAGAAAGGUAACCGCCAGCAGCAGAAGGCCCACAAGUAUGUGACUGCUUGUGAGCAAGUGAUGACCCCAGUGCAUGAAGCGGUGGUGUCACUCCAUCCCGCCAGAGUCUGGGACGACCUCCGUCCUCAGUUCUAUGCCACCUUCUGGUCCCUCACCAUGUACGACCUGGCUGUCCCUCAGUCUGCCUAUGAGCGUGAGGUCAACAAGCUCAAGGCCCAGAUCAAAGCAAUUGAGGAAAACCCAGAGAUCCCCUUGAAUAAGAAAAAGAAGGAGAAAGAGCGUUGUACUGCCCUGCAGGAAAAACUUCAGGAGGAAGAGAAAAAGCAGGCGGAACAUGUUCAGAGGGUUCUUCACCGCCUUAAACUGGAGAAAGACAAUUGGUUGUUGGCCAAAUCCACAAAGAAUGAGACCAUAACAAAGUUCCUGCAGCUCUGUCUGUUCCCUCGCUGCAUCUUCUCCUCCAUCGAUGCCGUCUACUGUGCCCGCUUCGUCGAGCUGGUCCACCAACAGAAGACACCAAACUUCUGCACCCUCCUGUGCUACGACAGGGUGUUCUCUGCUAUUAUUUACACUGUGGCCAGUUGUACAGAGAAUGAGUCCCAUCGUUAUGGACGCUUCCUAUGCUGUAUGUUGGAGACAGUGACCCGCUGGCACAGUGACCGCUCAACCUAUGAGAAGGAGUGUGUCAAUUACCCCGGUUUCCUGACCAUCUUCAGAGCCACAGGUUUUGAUGGUGGGAAUAAAGCAGAUCAACUGGAUUAUGAAAACUUUAGGCAUGUGGUGCACAAAUGGCACUACAUGCUGACUAAAGCUUCAGUUCACUGCCUGGAGACAGGCGAUUACACACACAUUAGGAAUAUACUUAUUGUGCUUACAAAGAUCCUGCCGUGCUACCCUAAGGUCCUCAACCUCGGCCAAGCACUAGAGGCUCGGGUCCACAAGAUCUGCCUAGAGGAGAAGGACAAGAGGCCAGACCUUUAUGCCUUAGCAAUGGGUUAUUCAGGUCGUUUGAAAAGCCAGAAGGUGCACAUGGUCCCUGAAAACGAGUUUCAUCACAAGGAGCAGCCAGCACGCAGUGCCACGCCAGCCAAUCAACAGAACGGCCCCGGCAGCACAGGCAAGCCCGCCACCAGCGCAAACAAGACGGAAGAAGGGAUUUCAGAGGAGGGGGAUCGGGGAAAAGACAAAUCUCAGGGGUCCACAAAGCCAGUGAACAAAGCCAACAGUGCAGCAGCCAAAGUGACCACCAGCAACGGGAACAGUGCUGUGAACAGCUCCAAAGCAGUAAAAGAACGGGAUGACAAAGAGAAGAGUGUGAAGGAGAAAAAAGAUAAGAAGGAAAAGACACCGGGCAGCACUCCCGAGACAAAGGCAGAGAACCGCCGGGAGAAACAGAGAGACGAGAGAGCGGGGAAGGAGGAGCGGGCGGCUCGUGAGGGUAAGGAGAAGACGCCCAAGGCCGACCGCGAGAAAGCAAAGGCAGAGGAAAAGAUCAGCAAAGACGACAAGGCCAAAACCGGCAACGGGGAGCCCAUGGAGCCAACCAGGGAGCGCGAUGCCAUUAAGGAGGCCAAGACCAAGGAGAAAGGAGACAGGAGUGCUGUGGCCGGGUCCCUCAAGUCACCAGUUCCCAGAUCAGAGUCGGCUGAAUCUGAGAGGGAUCACAAAAGACGAAAGCUCGACACUCACUCUUCUCCAUCCCACUCCUCGUCUGUUAAGGACAAUAACAACGAACCCAAGGAGACCGCAUCCAAGCACCACAUCAUCUACAAUUCAGUAGACCGGUCCAAGAGCAGAGAGGGGGAGAUAGAGAAGAAAGAUUUGGAGAACUCACAGAGUCGAUCCAAAGAGAAGAAGGAAGAAAAGGAUCGAAAAGACAGAAAACGAGACCACACACUCAAUGACCGUGAGACGAGCCAAGAGUCCAAACGCAGAAAGGAUGAGAAUGGAACCAAUUCCUCCAAAAACAGCAAAAGCACAAGUCCAUCUGACUCCCCACUUUUAGCUGAGAAAGAGAAGAGCAAAAGAUCGAAAUCUUCUAGUAAAGAGAAGGCAGAGUCUGUGAAGCCUGAGCGGACGUCAUCUGGAGGCAAAAAGGAGUCCAGACAUGAGAAAGCAGAGAAGAAAGAAAAGAGAGAGAGCAGCGGAGGAAAGGAAGAAAAAAAGCAUCAUAAGUCCUCUGACAAGCACAGAUAAUGUGCACUAAUCAGUGAAGGUAAGCCGCGCUCAGCUUCUAAGCAGCACUAGAUACAGCAGCCCUGUUGUCAGUAUCUGAUGUGUGUUUUUUCUCCUUGUCUCUGAUCCUCGUGUGCAGCAGCAGAACUGGAGAAGCUGUGCUUUUAUCUGCAAGACAUUUGAACUCCAUCUGUACUAUGUUCUUAAAAACUAAUUUCUGCCCGUGUUCUUCUUUCCCAAGUGUUGUUAGCCGUGUUAGCAUCUGCACCUGCAGAUCACCUCAUUAUUUCCCCCGUCAGUAUAAACAAGCUGCAAUAUUUGUUUGUUUUUGGAUAGUGUUAUUUGGUUUCUUUCUUUCAGUACGAGCAAAAGCUGCUGCUCUAAUCACAACAUUAUUACUCUAAUUAGAAAAUUGGUUACUGUAUUAAAUUAUCUUGGUAGCGUCCGUUAAUGAGUUCAAUAUUCUUGUGCUUGAAUUUUGUUUUCUUGUACAUUGUCAGGCUUUGCCCUUUGCUCGUUUAUAUUGGAGUUAACACGCUUUCCGUACUCACUUACCUCAUCCUGUUUGAGAUAUUUAGAUACUCUUUAUUUAUUUAUCUCCAACUUUUAAUCUGUGUAAGACAGUCACAAAUGAGGAAAGCGAUUCAAAGGACCAGUUGUAUAUUGUGUAUAAUAAUAAAGAGGGUAACAUGAAAUUCACAUCAUGUUCUUUCUUUCUUUCUUUCUUUCUUUUUUUUAGGUUGGUUUGUCCUUGAAAGUACUUUUGUGAUUUUGUGUUAAUCUGGUUUUUACAUAAUUUAUAAAACAAAAAAAAUACCAGUUUCGCUUCAAUUUCUGAUUUGAAAAUGUAGAAUUGUAAUAAAUUCUGACACUCUGCACUCCAAAUGUUUCAGAAUCACUUUUGGAGAUUUUAUCUGCUGUACUCAAUGAGUGUAAGCUUUGUUUUGUUUUUGUUUUUUUUAAUAAACAAUAGUUUUCCUAGUGUGUCACUUUCA